GUUGCUAGGCUGCACUCUGGGGCUCCCAGCCAGGCCUAGUGCUGGCAGUAGUGGUGGAGACAGCGUUCGGAUGGCUGCAGAGUCCGGGCGUUCUUGGGCUCAGGCGCGCAAUGCGUACGGCGCGAGUGAAGCGCUGAGACAAGGCGCUGGCCGCCGACGGGACCCAGGGUCGCAGCCCAAUGGGCCAGUCUCUGAAGUCGUUCGCGUCCCAGGCCGCCUGGCUCGUUUGCGCGGCCAGCUCCGAGCCCAAGCUGCUGCACGGGCCGAGGCACCGCGACUACUACGGCUGGUGGAGCGCGCUGGGGCCGGGGCUGCGGGGACCGGAGCCGGAGCGGGGGGGACUGGCGAGAGGAUCGAAGCGCGCAGCGGUGGUUCGGUGUGUUCCGUGUGCGGGGAGCCGCGCGGUGGGGCCACCUACCCGGCCGGCGUCCUUGAAGUGAGCGAGCGGCGGCUGCAGGAGGGCAUGGCGGCAGUGCGGGCGGAGCUGAGUACGGGGCUGGAGGCGCUGCGCGCUGAGCUUCAGGCGGAGCUGGACGCCCUGCGAGCGCUGCUGCCGCCGCCACGGUCACCACCACCCGCCCGCCGCGAGCCCCGUGCUGUCCCGCGGGCAGGAUCCCGAGCCCCAGCCCUGCUGCGGGCGCUAGGCACUGUGAACGCCUUGGUUGUGGCUUCCAGGCCGACCAACGACUUCCCCGAUGGCCCUGCGGAAGACCGAAUUCCUGCCCGAAAGAACCACAAGAAAACUCCCGUGCAGCCAGCGGCCCCUCAAGGUGGCGGAGAUUGAGGGCGUCCGCACUUGAGGGCGGCCCAGGGAAGUGCAGGAAUCGCCUCUAGCCAAAGGAGGCCAAGGUAGAGAUCUGAUCUCCUCUUGGAGCGUAUUUCUAAGCGAGAAGAGUCCGCAAGCAACCAACAACCGUCAACGAAUGCGGUUAUUUAUUUGGAGGGUGGGCGGCGUAGGGUAGGGAUUGCCCAGGAUCAUAGUCUGCAAAGGGUGGAUGGCUCCGGAUAAUCACCGCUGCUGUCAGUCUGGACUGGAAAGGGCUGGUAGAGCCCCUUUGGGCCUUAAUGUAGGGGAAGGGGGCUGGGGGCGUAGCUCAGUGGUAGAGUGCUUGUUUAAUAUGUGCAAGGUCCUGGAGUCGAUCCCCAGCACAUAGAAAGAAGAAGAAGGUGGGCGGGGGGCAGGGGAUGCAGGGGAAGGAUCUGGGCCAGGGUAUGUCAGCCUCCAGAAGGGCAACCAGAAACCUUGGGGUCUACAACCUAACUUCCCUACCUGCAGGGGAGGAGACUGCAUAUUCUUUUUCUUUAAAUGUCUUAGGGAGGAGGCAGAGCCUCCAUGCACUGAAAUAGAGUCCCCUACACACACCACUAUGCAAUAGACUCCAGGGACACCUGGAUGGCUGAGACAUUGUGACCUGGACAGUACCACUGAGAAAAAUGUGCUAUUUAUCUAUCAUUUAUCAUUUAUCUAUCUAUCAUCUAUUUCCUCCACAUUCCCACAUAUCAACUGGACAGCAUCCUGACUCUGGCCAGCUUUGCUCCACUAACAACCAGGCCCUGUCUUACUGGAUAGCAUCACCUGGAUAAUCUCAUCCAGUCAGUAUCCCUUGGACUCAGCUUUGCUUUGGACAGAGACAGCAAGGACACUUACCCCUCACUUAGUCUAGCCACAGUUGCCUGGACACUAUUGUCUCUCUAGAAAAUGUCACCCUACAAUCAAGACUCCAUAGCCUAACUUUAGAGAGUGUCACCAGUGUGAGGCUUCAUCAUGGCCAGACAACUCUUUACUAGUUUUUAUGUCACCAGGAUCCACCAAACCAGUCCAGCUGCAGCAGAACCUGGAACCAGCAAUUUCUUACCUACCGGUCUUGGGAAACCUCAGCUGGGGUUAUCAUUUAACUGGGCACAGUGUUCCCAGGUUGAUCACCCAGAUUGAAUUUUAAUAAAAUGUCUAAUCUUGG